CGGCUGAACGGGGAAUCCGCUUCGCCUCGUCCGCAGCAGCACCAGCGGCAUCAGCAGCAUCAUCGCCUCCCGCGGCGGGACAGCAGCGUGACGGGCAUGGGGACGGCGCUGGCGGCGCGGCUCGGGCUGGGGCUCCUGCUCCUCGCCCUCCUCCUCCCCACGCAGAUCUACUGCAACCCCAAUGGAACAAGUCCAACACCUUCAAACAAUUCUUCGGCAGGUUCCAUUUCUCUGUCAACUAUCACAAAUUCAGUGAACAAUACCACCACUCACGGACAUGGAAAUUCCCUUCAGUCAACCACAAGUCUUUUCGUUCUCUCAGUUUCUCUUCUGUAUUUUUGCUGUUAAGAGACUGGCAUGGAAAUGGCUACCACUCCCCACCCAGUUUCCUGAACCAACUGAGAUAGCUAAAUCUCCAACCCAGCAUGAAAAUAAAUCGGUCCAAACUCUGCAUCAAAACAGCUUCGUUCCACUCCAUACUCAAAUUAGUACCAGUCUAACCUAGAAAAGCACUCAGUAUUCUGACUUUCCAAAGCAGACCUGCGUGAAAAGACCAACUUAAGCAAGGAGGAAAAAUGAGCUCUUUCACCGAAGGACUUGGAAUUCGAAAAACAAAAUGGAAGCAAAAAGACACAGUAUUGACAACUCCCCGACAUAAAGCUGAGAAGAAAUGCAGUAUCUUAUAAUAAGGAUGGAUCAUAACACUCCACCAAGUAAAAAGGCUAGAGAGUUCACCUACCAUUUAGAAUAAGGACUUAAAAGAGAUUUGUUUUCCAUUUAAAUGCAUUAAAGUCAACAUACUUGUAGAACCACCAGAAAACACAGAAAAACUUGAGUGGUUCUAUUUCUCUCAGAGCCUAAAUGGUUAUAACCUAUGGGUAGCAGGAUGUAUACAAAAGAAACAAAACAUGAGUGAAAAGGGUUUCUUCUAGAUUUCAUUUGCAUUAAAUUGUUACAAGUCUAAAAUAAAAUAGCAAUUUUUUGUAAGCAUCCUCUUAUUUAACUUCUGAGUUCUAACCAAAUAGCUAGCUAGGCAGGGCUAGCUUUGAAAUAGCUAAAACCCACCGGUUUUCAUAAGAGUUGAAUUAUUUAUGGUGGGAAUUUGAAUUUGACAUUUUAUUUAAAUUGUUUGUAUAUUAAACCAUAUGUGCCAGAGGAUGGAGGUGUGGGAACAUUGGGAAAAGUACCAGGAGCUUUUUGCAAAUGAAGUUCAGACAAAAGAAAAAUUUAAGGUAUAAAUGUCUCCUCUUUCCCUUAUUUCUCCUCCCAAGUUCUACAAA